CAAAGCAGAGGGUGUGACACAUGAUUGUUGACUGUUACUUUCUUUCUUUUCUUCUCUCUUUGCCCACAUCCUACAUUCCUUUUUAACCUACACACAUACUCACUCUUUCACUCAUUUCAACCUCUUCUCUUCUCUUCUCUUCACCCAUUUUUAUCACCAAUGUUUCAGCCUAAACCCUCUUUUGAAUCCCAAGAAUAUGGCCUCCAUAACCAGAACUUAAAUAAGGCAUCAUGUUCAGCAGUGCUGAGUUUGGCUUAUCAAAGUCUUGGAGUCAUUUACGGGGAUCUAAGUACCUCCCCUCUGUACGUUUACAAGACCACAUUCUCCGGGAAGCUUAGUCUUCAUGAAGACGAUGAAGAAAUCUACGGUGUUCUUUCCUUCAUCUUUUGGACUUUUACUCUAAUCGCCCUCCUGAAAUACGUGUUCAUCGUCAUGUCAGCCGAUGACAAUGGCGAAGGUGGCACAUUUGCGUUGUAUUCCUUACUCUGCCGGCACGCAAAACUUAGCAUGCUUCCUAAUCAACAAGAAACCGACGAGAAACUAUCCACAUACGGUGUCAAAAAGACUGCAGAAACGUGGCAAAGCUUUGCUUUGAAAUCUUUCUUCGAAAAACACCCCAAGUUUCGAAAAGGGUUGUUGAUUUUCGUUCUUCUUGGAACUUGUAUGACCAUUGGUGAUGGCGUUUUCACUCCUGCUAUAUCGGUUCUUUCAGCUGUUUCGGGAGUUAAGAUUAAAGUUACAGGUCUUCAUGACAAUUAUGUAGUGGCGAUAUCGUGCGUUAUUUUAGUCGGACUUUUCUCGAUUCAACAUCACGGAACCCACCGAGUUGCUUUCUUGUUUGCUCCAAUCGUCACAGCGUGGCUGCUUUCAAUUGCUGGCAUUGGAAUAUACAACAUAAUCCAAUGGAACCCGCGAAUAUUUCGCGCUCUUUCACCUGUUUACAUGGUAAAAUUACUUAAAGAGACCGGUCGUGAAGGUUGGUUAUCUUUAGGAGGAGUUGUACUCUCCAUCACGGGCGUGGAGACCAUGUUUGCUGAUUUAGGCCACUUUUCAACGUUAUCCGUUAAGAUAGCGUUCACGUUUCUUGUGUAUCCAUGCUUGGUUCUCGCAUAUUUGGGUGAGGCUGCGUUUCUGUCGAGGCAUCACGAAGAUAUUCAGCAAAGCUUUUAUAAAGCCAUACCAGAAACUAUAUUCUGGCCUGUGUUCAUAGUGGCGACUUUUGCAGCGGUAGUAGGAAGUCAAGCUGCCAUUUCUGCCACUUUCUCGAUUAUAAGUCAAUGCUGCGCGUUAAACUGUUUUCCUCAUGUGAAAAUCGUUCAUACUUCGAGAAAAAUAUACGGUCAGGUUUACAUCCCGGAGGUGAAUUGGAUGUUGUUAAGCCUGUGUUUGGCUGUGACGAUUGGAUUAAGAGACACAAACAUGAUAGGACAUGCCUACGGACUAGCGGUGACAGUAGUGAUGUUUGUAACAACUUGUUUGAUGACAAUGGUGAUGAUCAUCAUAUGGAAACAACGGAUUGUAACGGCUGCUGCUUUUCUUGUACUUUUUGGGUCGGUGGAACUUCUCUAUCUCUCAGCCGGCAUCUUUAAAAUCCCGAAAGGCGGGUGGAUCUCGCUUCUCCUCUCAUUAACCUUCAUGUCAGUCAUGUUUAUAUGGAAUUACGGGAAAUUAAAAAAACACGAGUUUGACUUAGAAAACAAAGUCUCGAUGAACCGAAUCCUCUCACUAGGCCCAAGCCUCGGGAUGGUUCGGGUCCCGGGAAUCGGGCUUGUUUACACAAAUCUAGCAACGGGAAUCCCCGCAAUCUUUGGUCAUUUCGUCACCAACUUACCGGCUUUCCAUCAAGUUUUGGUGUUCGUGUGCGUAAAAUCGGUUCAAGUCCCGUAUGUCAAGGCCGAGGAGCGGAUGCUAAUGGGCCGGGUCGGCCCGCAAGAGUAUCAUAUGUUUAGAUGCAUUGUUAGGUACGGUUACAAAGACGUUCCACACGAGAACUACAAUUUCGAGAACCGGUUAGUCUCUGCACUCGUGGAGUUUCUUGAAACCGAAGGAAAAGGCAAAGAUGAAUUUGGAGAUACCGAGAGUGAGAAUAUCGAGGAGAAUGUUGCGGAACACAUGUUUACGCUUCCUGAUCGCGAAGAAAAGAUGGUCCGGUCGUUAAAGGAGAUUGAGGAGUCGUUUUCUGGGAGUUUAGAAGGGCACCCAAAUCUUAAUGAUGAAUCGGUUCAGAUACUUAAAGCUCGGGAAUCUGGAAUCGCUUACAUACUCGGGCAUUCGUAUGCGAAAGCUAAGAAAUCGUCCACGAUAUUCACGAAGUUUGCUAUUGAUGUGGUGUACUCGUUUUUGAGCAGGAACUGCAGGGGAACAGAUGUCGUUUUGAACGUGCCACAUACUUCGUUGCUAGAAGUCGGUAUGAUUUAUUAUGUUUGACGGUAAAGUGAUACGUACGUAUACGGUAUACGGGUAUAUACCACUAUAAGUAUAUGUUAAAAAGACUUUUAAGCAUGAGAAGGUGCUUAAGUUUUGUACAAAGGUUAAGUUAAAUAGAUCAUAGAAUGGGAAAAUGUACAUGACAUUAAACUAUACUUGCUAGAGAUCAAAGGUCCUAAACAUAUCAAAUAUCAUUAUUAUUUUAUAUUAUUUC